AUGGCACAGUAUGAUAUUACAUCAAUGAUCAGUAAGCCCCCAAAAAAGGACGUUCACUCGGUAGAUAAGCUUCCAAGUACAGCAGCUGGUCAAAAGUCGAUAGUAGAAAAAGUCGAUAUGAGCUUAAAAAAUGUCAAGUUCAAACAAGGUUGGGAAACGAUAGGGACACAUUUAAUCCGAAAUAUUUCAACAGUACCAGCUCUUCCUGCUGAGAAAGUGAAAGUAGCAGCAUUUGACCUUGAUGGUACAUUGAUUGACACUAAAUCUGGCGCCAAGUUUUCAAGAGGACCGGGCGAUUGGAAAUGGUGGGGGAAAUCGCCAACAAUGACCCCGCAAACCGUCGCAAAAUAUUUCAAUCUCGGACAUCUUAUAGUCAUUUUUACCAACCAAGGAGCUGUUGUUGCUAAUAAGGAUAGCAAAUCCUAUUCCAAUUUGAGAGCAAAGUUGAACCUCAUUUACAAUGAGUUGGCAAAGUAUAAAGUCGAAUCAAUUUACGUUUAUGCUUCACCGAAAAAGCCACUGAAAGGCUCCACUUCAACUGAAGAACAACAUAAAUUGACUAGGAAGCCAGCCAUUGGAAUAUGGCAGGAUUUGGAAAGCGUCCUAGCCGAGAAAGGAAAAGUGAUAGAUUACGAAAAUAGUUUCUACGUGGGAGAUGCUGCUGGUAGAAAGCAGGACUUUCUGGAUAGUGACUUCAAAUUUGCCGAGAAUGCAAAGAUAAGUUUUAAAACCCCUGAAGAGUUUUUUUGA